UAUCUAAACACUUAUCUCAAUUUUUCGAAUUUUUUUUUCCAAGAACACUUCUAAGCUCUCUUUCUAUAAUUUUUUUUAUGGUUUCGCUAUGCACACCGCAUUGAAAAACACAGUAGUCUUCUGCAAGAAAUCACCUUUCUCGAUAUCAGUUGAGAAUAAUCAGCCAUGGCUUCUUCAAAUCAAUGCAAAUUGAUGAUGUUCCCAUGGCUGGCCUUUGGCCACAUGCUACCAUUUCUAGAGCUCUCAAAACAAUUAGCAGCAAAGGGUGUUAAAGUAUUAUUCGUUUCCACUCCACGAAAUCUUCAGAGAUUGCCUUCCAUUUCUCCAGAUUUAUCAGCUAACUUAAAGCUGGUAGCUAUCCCACUACCACACAUCAACGGCUUGCCGGAAAACGGCGAGGCCACGAUUGAUCUGCAGCUGGAGCAAGUUCAGGAUCUAAAGAAAGCAUAUGAUAUGUUACAGAAGCCAAUGGAAAAUCUCCUACGCAAUGAAUCUCCUAACUUUAUAUUGUAUGACUUUGUUCCCUGCUGGAUCCCAGAAAUUGCUGCUAAAUGCAAUGUUCCUUGCGCUUAUUUCAGUACAUUCUCAGCUGCUGCUUUGUCUUUCUUCGGUCCUCCACAAGAGUUGAGAUCUUCUGCCCUGAGAACCAAGCCUGAAGAUCUCAUGGCACCACCAAACUGGUUUCCUUUUUCGUCUCUUGUAGCUCAUAGACCUGACCAGGCAGCUAUAAUGUUCCGUAACUUGAAUGUACCUGACAGAUCUGGCAAGACUAGCGGCCACCGGUGGGCUGGAAGCCUGGAGGGCUGUGACUUCGUCGCCAUACGAAGCUGUCCAGAGUUUGAAGAUGCAUACCUGAAGCUUCUGCAGGAACUGUAUCAGAAACAAGUUCUGCCAGUCGGUUUACUUACAUCAAAUCUCACAGUAAGUGAUACUGAUUACUUGCCUGACUCAUAUUGGUGUGGUUCUUUCAAGUGGCUGGAUCAACAAGAACAAAAAUCUGUGGUUUUUGUAGCAUUUGGGAGUGAGUAUAAGAUGCCAGCAGAACAAAUCCAAGAACUCGCCUGUGGGCUAGAACUCUCAGAACAGCCUUUUCUGUGGACUGUUAGGAAGCCAGAAGGAGUAGAUAUCUCAGACUUAUUGCCUAAUGGCUUCUUGGCUCGGACUUCCGGUCGAGGGAUUGUGAGUCUCGGUUGGGCUUCGCAGCGGAGAUUACUGGCUCAUCCAGCUAUUGGUGGAUGCAUCUUACAUUGUGGGUGGAGUUCCACCAUAGAAACACUUGGUUUUGGUCACCCCACGAUUCUGAUGCCGAUGAUGGCUGAUCAAGGUCUCAAUGCGAAGCUGUUGAUAGAGCAAGGAGUUGGCUUUGAGGUGCCAAGGUAUGAAGAUGGCUCUUUCGACAGAUAUGCAGUUGCCAAGACGAUAAAACUAGUGAUGGUAGGGAAAGAGGGAGAGCAGCUCCGGCUGAAGGCAGCUCAGAUGCCAGAAAUUUUUGCCAACCCAAAUCUGAUGCAGCUUGACAGGUUUCAGUGAAAGAAUUCUAACUUUACAAUCAUAACCUCUGCUUCCAGCCUUCUCUUCCUGAGUCAAGGCACACAAUUUGGAAGUCUCUAUUUUUCUCUCUGGGUUUUUCUUCCCCUUCUCUAUGCUCGAUAGCGUCGACAGCCACUACUUCCACCCGAUUUGGUUUUGCAUGCGCUGGAUUUGGCUUUAGAUGUUCUCCCUUUGCGUUCCGGUCGUGGUUUUUA